AUGAGACAUUCCAUUUUCUUCCUUAAUAUAACAGGAAACAGUAUUCCACCGGUAUCCCUCACUUGUGGGCAUAUUUUCUGCUACAUGUGCGCUUGUUCAGCUGCAACGGUGACCGUUGUUAAUGUCCUGAAAGCAGCAGAGCCGAAAGAAAAAUGUCCUUUAUGUCGAGAGGCUGGCGUUUAUGAAGAUCCAGUGAAGAGUGAUAGAUUCAUGAAUCUGAAUCAAUAUGUUCUCAUAAGAAUCAUGCAUUUGUUUUGGAUCAGCUGUGGUGAAUACUGGGAGCAGCGACUUCAGACAGAAAGAGCGGAGAGAAUUCGACAGGUAAAGGAACACUGGGAAUCUGAGUGUCGGGCUUUCGUCGGAGUCUGA